UAAUAAGGUGUAAUGGCAAACAAGUAUGAGAUUAUCAACACUCAGAGUGAAGAGGAACGCAUGAAGCUUUUGGUUAAGAAAAACAAUGCUGGAAAGCUGGUUGAGUUUGCUAAAAAUCUUUUGUUUGAUAAGAAGAUUACUGUUACAUGUAAAUGUGCGAUAUCUCUAAUUUCUUUACUGGAGCAACAAGAUCUUGUCAAGCAGGUUACAACCGAACUGAUAACAGCUCUCAACACUUUUGUCUCUUCUGCUCCAGUUGGCUCGCUGCAAGAAAUUUCUCAACACUUUUUGGAUGUUAUCAUGAAAUCCAACAACUCAUGCGGAAAGAGUUUUGAAGUAUUGGGACAAGUUUUGAAUUGUCUUGAGGCUUGUCGACAAACGGUAUCUUGUGAUGGUGAGGAGUUUACUGGUCCAGAAUACAGAUCUCAUCUCAUCAACAAAAUCUGCAGUGUCAGGUGGCCCCAAAACAACAUCCUACACAUUGGACAGAUGUUUCAGGACAUAACAGUUUCACAAAGUGAGAUGGCAUUUUUCAUCGAGAAGAUUUGUUCCAGCCUGUCUCUUGUGAAGUUUGAUGUUGUUCCACAGAUUGUUCACUUAUUACUUCUAUCAGCUGCUAAGGGUCAUCACAAGAAAGUUGUGUUUGAAUUAACAAGUAACUUCAAUGAUAUGGAGGAGAAGGAACAAAAUGACCAAGAAGAAAUGAAACGGGAUGUUGAAAGUGAGCGGAGUCAAGCAGAGGGAACAUCACUUCUACACAUCUCCUUCGCUGUAAAACAUGACCUGGAGUUAGGGAAAGCGAUCAACCAGCACAUCAAGAGUUCGAAGAAGCUGACCCCUUUUACCCUUGGCUUGGGACUGAGUCUCACACAGCACGACAGGUUUUCAGAACAAGUUCUGUCCUGUCUGAAGGGUGGAGUCAGCAGAGCUUUACGAGGAAGCAAACUGUGGGCUGCCUCUAAGUUCAUCCAUGGAGUUGUAGACGAGAGCAAGGAGGUAAAGCAGCUGUUGGAGGUGGUGCUCCGGAAGAGUAAUAAUGGCUGGGACUACGUCACUGAGGGCCUCAUCAAGCUCGGCUUCAUUCUGCUGGAUAGUUCGGGCUCCGAGAGUGACGUUGGGGUUUUUAUUCUCGAGGAAUGUUACAAGUUGCACGUGCACUGUCGGAGCAGUGUGAUGACGGAUCUGCUGCACCGUAUCGUGACGUCAUCUCCCCUCACUUCCGGGACUCUUCACUCCCUGCUCCUGGCGAGGAUAUCCAGGAGGAGUGUUCAGCUGCUACUUUCUCAGUCAAACAUGCUGAAGGACAACCUAUCCAACGUGCCCAUGAUCCCACUGAAGAACGCGAGGUGUGUGCUCCGUGCUGUAGUCCCUGUGAUGCGGUACGACACAUCUCUCAGAGAUGCUGCUAUUCUCACAUUCCGCAAAACUCUCUUCUCCAAGAAUCCUGAUAACAGGAGAAUCGCUGUGUUCGGACUUACCGAGAUGAUGAAGAAGUUCAAGGUAGGAGAUAACUACAGUCAGAGUUCCCAACUGAGUUGCUCACAAGUUCAGGUUCAUCUGAUGGUUACAGAUGAUAUCAACGAGGCGGUCUGUACAGAGAUCCUGCUGCUACUAAAGCGGGGUUUAACCCAACAAGGCAGUGUAAGAAGUGACAUCUACAACAGACUAGCCAGCAUCCUGAGAAGCAACUCCAAGCUGUAUCCCAUGAUACUGCAGCUGUUAGAGGAGAGGCUGGUGGCGGUUACUGAGCAGGACCCAGGUAUUCUACCCCCAAUAAAGCUGGGUAACUGUAUAGCAGUGUUACCUGAUCAGAGUGUAUUACGAGAGCCUGUUAUGGACUUGUUAAGAGCCACGUUCACUUGCUGUGCUCUAGUGAAACCCAGGGAACAGGACGAUGUGAUGAAAUUGGACGAACUGCUGACUUCGGUGACAUUGCGAUCAACAAAGUGUGAUUUGGAAGAUUGGGACCUUGAUAAAGGAGCAGAGUUCUCAAACACCGGUGUCGGGUCCCGAAAUUUAGUUACUGCCCUUAGCCUCACUGCUAUUUUAGAGGUGCUGCUUGAAAAUGAGCUGAAUAGUGGUAAAGGAACUACAGAGAGCGGAGAAAGGUUUAAGAAACUAUUCAGAUCGAUGUACUCCGUUCAGGAAAUACUAUCUGAAAAACAGGGAGGUGGUCGUGGGAAGAAGAGUAAGACAACUCUAUCACACUUCUCUCUAGAGGCUGUGGACAUGUUGCUCGACUACUUGAUAGUGAAUGAUAUGACCGAGCACGAGGAAUUUGUUGGGAAUUUGAAGACGGUAACAAACUUGUUAACUUGGACUCUCGGCUUACUUUCUGACCACCUUAAAAAGAUUAUAUCAGAUGACGAAGAAGAGGACAAUAAAAACCAAGUCUACACUCUAGGUUCAAUAACAAAGUCUCUGUUGUGCCAUCUAUCAAGAGACAAGUCUCUGUUCAGGGAGCAGGCUGCCUCUUUACUGGACAAGUCUAUCAGAGUUGUCAACUCUUCUCACAUGGAUAAGUUAGAGGAGUAUUGUGAGACAUCUACAGGAUCAUCAGAGAUAACAGGACUUAGAGACAAGAUCACACCUCUCUUCAAUAAAGCUGUUAUUGCUGAGGACUUUACUGAAGCACAGCAUCUACUUUCUGCCAUGGAUGUGUUGUACAGUAUGUGUGAAUCACAGAGUUCUCUAGAGGACAUACUCCUCAAGUUGCUUGAUAACCCCUCUCUUACUUCUGGUUUUUCUAAAGACGUUGUGUCCAUCCUCCUAUCAUCCCUGAGACGAUCUUCUGAUAAGUUGGAUAUACAGCUAGCACUAGCACGUGACAUUCUAGCUGAGAUGGGGGAUAUUGAGACAGAGGAUGAGGAUAGCAUGAUUGACGAGGUGAAGUACAAGUUGGUUUCGGAGAACUCAGCUGGAAAACUACUCUCUGUACUCCUAACAUCAGUGGAUUCUGUAUUAUCAGAUAUUGAGUGGGGUAUACAGCAAGGAAAAUCCGGCGACGAUCAGUCGGAUCUACUGUGCCAGUAUCUCAUGCAAGUAGCUACGGUGUUGAGUGUUUGUCUGACGUGUAAGAGUCCUCACAGUUCCUCUACAACAGACCUUCUCUCCCGGACCACCAAGAAGUUCUACAACACCUUUACGCUACAGAUAAAGCGCGAGUCAUCACACAACCACGGCAUCCUAAAAUCACUGGAGAAGCUGGCCAAGUUAGUUGGAACUUCCACUAACCAAAAACUCUACAGUUUCCUCAUCUACUUAGAACAGCCUCUAGCGGAGAAUAUUGGCACAGCUCAGAACGCAGCCACCAUACGUAAACAAGCCGUCAGUGUCCCCGGUCUUAUAUACGCUGUUGAGCAGUGCGAAAGAAACCUCAUCAUACUCAGCAAGAAAACUAAAACAGAUUUGAUGGAACACUUCAAAAGGAGCCCUGCCCGAGAUUUCAAAGUAAACAUGAAAGUUCUCGAAGAAAAAUUUACUAAGGUGGAGGAAGACGGGGAGGACACGGAGAAGCCCAAGAAGAAACGAAAAAGAGGAAAGAACAAGGAGAACGAUGAUUGAGGAGCUACCAAACAACUGUAUUCUAUUGGAGCAGCAUUGGAAAUUAAUCUAACAUGAAGAUCAUCGUUCACUCUCAGAAUUGCGGGUUCGCAGUUCAGCGAGCCUGGACUUAGGACUAGUGCAUAUUUAACAAAUGAAACAGAUUAUUGUCGUUACAAUUGUGGGCAGACACUGAAACCAAGCUCCAGGAUAUGAUACUGAAGGCAUAGCAGAUUUUUAAAUAGGUUCUACUUACUUUAGAUGAUUAUCAUAAUUAUACUUAUGACUAAGAUUGCUAUGAUACAUAAUGUAACCUUAGAUCAAUGAUCGUCUUCCAUUUAGAUUUAACUAUUACAAGAUGGGAGUAAUAAGAAUUAUUUAGAUCCUGUUACAUAUUAGUGACGUUGGAGUUUGGCCGCUCGAAUUUUUAGUGAUUUAAUAAACUGAAGCCAUAUUCGUUUUAUGUAGUAUGAUUUAAAAUGAACAUCAGGUAGAUCAUCUCUGACCGACGAACAAUUAACUUUCAGAAAAUAUUUUAUUUUGGGAAUGCGGAAUAAAUAAUGUUUUGGGGCCAUUUGAA